UCUGGGCUCCCCGCGGCCACCGUCGGAGCGCCGGGCUGCGGGAGCGAGCGGCGCGGGAGGCACGGCAGCCAGCCGAGUUUGGAAAAUGAAGCUAAAAGAAAUUGAGCGAACAGCUGUGCAGGCAUGGAGUCCGGCAAACAACCACCCUAUUUACCUAGCAACAGGAACAUCUGCCCAACAACUGGAUGCGUCCUUCAGCACAAAUGCCACCUUGGAAAUAUUUGAAGCUGACUUCAGGGAUCCCUCCCUGGAUAUGAAGCAGAAAGGAGCACUUCCUGCCUCAAACAGGUUUCAUAAGCUGAUCUGGGGGAACUUUGGCAAUGGUUCUGCAGAGUCCUCUGGAGUGCUCAUUGGCGGGGGGGAUAACGGAGUGCUGACCAUGUACAGCGUGCAGCGCGUCCUGGCCUCCAAGGGCGACCCCAUCAUUGCGCAGGCAGAGAAGCACUCAGGGCCGGUUCGAGCCCUUGACUUCAACCCUUUCCAGAAUAAUCUCUUGGCUUCUGGAGCCAAUGAUUCUGAAAUUUUCAUCUGGGACUUGAAUAAUUUCAGUGUGCCUAUGACUCCGGGGACUAAAUCACACCCGCAUGAAGACAUCACUGUGGUGUCCUGGAAUCGGCAGGUGCAGCAUAUCCUGUCCUCCGCUCACCCCAGCGGCAAGGCUGUGGUCUGGGACCUCAGGAAGAAUGAGCCCAUCAUCAAAGUCAGUGACCACAGCAACAGAAUGCAUUGCUCAGGAAUGGCCUGGCAUCCAGAAGUUGCAACCCAGCUAGUCCUUUCCUCUGAGGACGACCGUUUGCCAGUGAUCCAAAUAUGGGACUUACGCUUUGCUACCUCUCCUCUUAGCCAGCUGGAAGGGCACACCAGGGGAGUUCUCUCUGUUUCUUGGUGCCAGGCUGACCCUGAACUGCUGUUGAGUAGUGCCAAAGACAACCGAAUCUUGUGCUGGAACCCAAGUAUGGGGGAGGUGGUGUAUGAGUUGCCCAUUCGGAGUCAGUGGUGCUUUGAUGUCCAGUGGUGUCCUAGGAAUCCUUCAGUCUUCUCUGCUGCCACUUUUGAUGGGUGGAUCAACAUUUAUUCUGUUAUGGGUGGGAAUUUAGAAGCUCAGCAGAAGACACAGGCUGACAAGAUAUCUUCCUCCUUCAACAACCUGGAUCCCUUUGGCACAGGACAGAGCCUUCCUCCUCUGCAGGUGCCAGAGCAAGUAACUCAGACCACCUUGAUUCCACCAUUAAAAAAACCACCCAAGUGGAUUCGCAGACCUGUGGGGGUUUCAUUUGCAUUUGGAGGAAAACUGAUUACCUUUGGUCUAACCAAAGCUCCUGGACAGCAAAUGCAGCAGCCUUACCCACACCAGGUAUUCAUCAGUCAAGUCACUACUGAAACUGAAUUCCUACUCCGAUCCAAAGAACUGCAGAUGGCCUUGCAGUCAGGGAACCUCCUUGAUUACUGCCAGGGCAAGAUCCAGACAGCCAAGCUGCCAUUUGAUGAGAACCUUUGGAACUUCUUGAAGGUGAAUUUGGAGCAAGAGUCCAGGACUAAACUUCUCAAGCUGCUGGGCUACAGUAAAGAGGAUCUGCAAAAAAAGAUUGCCUCAUGUUUGAGUAAUGGGAUCCCAGAUAAACAGCCCCUUCCUGAGGCAGGUGAUACAAAUUCUGCACCAGAUCAGCUUUUGAUGAAUUCCAGCGAUGAUGUAGCUGCUGUUUCUUCCUCUUCAGCCUUUUUUGAUAACCUCAUCCCACAGAAUAUGAGCAUUUUGGAGAUUCCUGUCACAGAAGACACAGAUGGACUCAUCAGCCAAGCCCUUUUGUUGGGGAAUUUUGAGGGUGCAGUGGAGCUGUGCAUGCGAGCAGAGCGCUUUGCUGAUGCCAUCAUCUUGGCCAUAGCUGGUGGGGAUAACCUCCUGAGGGAAACCCAGAAGCGCUACUUUGCCAAGCGGAAAACAAAUCUCUCUGUGCUGCUUUCCUGCAUUGUGCAGCAGAAGUGGCAAGAUAUUGUUUGCACUUGUGAUCUACAGAGCUGGAAGGAGGCACUGGCCAUCUUGUUAACAUACUCAAAGCAGGAAGACUACACUCAGCUCUGUGACAUGCUGGGUGCCCGCUUGGAGUCAGAGGGAGAUGCAGCCCUGUCCAAUGAUGCCUGCCUCUGCUAUAUCUCAUCAGGCAAUGUGGAGAGGCUGGUGGAAUGUUGGGUAAAAAAUCAUGAGACUUCAUCACCACUUGCCCUACAGGAUCUUAUAGAGAAGGUGAUGGUGCUGAGCAGGUCCAUGGAGAUGCUCCGAGGCACUGCAGCACCAGCACCAGGCCCUGUCUUGGCAGAACGAAUCACCCAGUAUGCCAAUCUCCUGGCAUCACAAGGAUGCUUGGCAGCUGCAAUGAAUUACCUACCCAGCAGCUCUAGAGAGCUCCUGAUUGAACAGCUCCGAGACCGGCUCUUUCAUGCUCAAGGAGAGAGUGUGGGUGAUCAGCAGCCACCCCCUUUUCCCUACGCUCGUGUCAAUGUAGGGGUCAUCAAACCUGCAGCAGCCAAGGCAGGUUCCAUCCUUGAAGGAGCAGCCCACAAAGCAGGUCCCAGACAUCCAGAGAAGCCCAACUAUCUGUCAUCAUUUGCCCCUUCAGCAGCAUCUCAGCCUUCAGUGCCUUCCCUCUUCACACCUCAGCCAGUGCCAGCAAUGCCUGUGACACCUCACCAUGUUGCCCCUCCCCAGGCCAGCACAGGUCCACAAACAAGUGUCUAUUCCAGAGACACAUACCCAUACCCACAGUACAACUUGGGCUUGAAUCCAGCAGCUGUCUCAGGGCCAGCUGUGUCACAGUCUCAGCCAUUUGGACCGAUGGGAGUCAGACCUGUUGGUCCUGCUCCUUUCCCCAGUCAGCCCUCUCUGCCAGGACAGUUGAUGCCCAUGACAUCUCCUGGUGUUCCACCACCCAGACCUGCCCUCUUCACUCCAGCCUCAGCCCCAUCAUCUCAGCUUCCUGCAGCCUGUCCUCUCCCUGUGGCAAGCCAGUCUCCUCUAGACUUCUCUUCAGCACCUUUCAACUGCCCCAUGAACAUGGGUUAUCCUCAGGGAGGUCCUGGAGCUCCAUCUACUAAACCACUGCCAGCAGCCAUUCCUCCUCCUCCCACAGGUUUCUUCCCUUGGCUAGAUCCCCACACGGAUCAUGCAGGCAGUUGCUGGGCCAGCAGUACAGGGAAGCAGUUUUCCUGUCUUGGUUGUCUAGCAGCUCAGGAAUCUUGGAGUGAUCCCUCUACUGGAAGAGGAGGCCUUCAAAAGAAAAAGUUGCCUGAGAAAUUUACUCCUCUGGCCCCCAUCACAGCUCCCGUAAUGGGCGUGCCUGCUGAACCCCAAGGGAUCCAUCCUCAGCUAUCCAGGUUGCAAGAAUCUGGCCAGUCACCCCCAGGAGCACCCAAGGAAGGCAGCCUACAGUAUCACCAGCUACCUAGGGAAAGCAUUGAGAGGAAGGAGCUGCCCCCUGAGCACCAGGCUUUGAAGGCUACGUUUGAAGGGCUGGUACAACGCUGCUCGGCUGUUGCCACUGAUCCAAAAACGCGAAGGAAGCUGGAGGACGCGCUGCAGCGGCUGGAGUGUUUGUACGAGAAGCUGCGCGAGCAGGCCCUCUCUCCAAACAUCCUCAUGGGCCUCCAUGAAAUUGCCCGAUGCAUUGAGGCUAAGAACUACCCACAGGGUCUCCUGGUUCAUACCCAAGUUGUGAGCAGCAGCAGUUUCAGUGAGGUGUCUGGUUUCAUGCCCAUCCUGAAAGUCCUCAUGACCAUAGCAGGCAAGCUGAAUGUGUAAAGUGUGGAGCAGCUGGAACAGUGCACACCAGGAGCUGGUGGACUGCCUCACCUGUUGAUGUGCUGCAGGUUGUGGACUCUCCUUCUGACUCUGGAGAAAUAGGUCUGUGCCAGUGCCUGGAACUGUGCUAAGCCUGCACGCCUGGCCCCAUCCACUAUCCAGACAGCCCACUGGUGCCUGCAGCUCCUGGAGACUGUUUUUUCUCUCUUCUUUCUUACUAGUCUGAGGCCACUUCUCAGCCAGGGAUCUCAGUUUCAGUCUGUCCAGGUUGCACAGAGGUCCUUCUUCUUCCCUUCUAUCCCCAGCACAAAGGGGAAAAUCUUUCCCUUCUAGGCUGGCAUUGCUUUCUAUUUUUCAGGAAACAAACAGGGCUGGUACCUGCAGCACCACCACAGAAGAGGCUCAAGCUCUAUUCCCUGCUGCAGAGUAAACUUCCUGAGUGGUAGCUGGGCUGCCUUGGGAACCUAGGCUGGUGUGUCUUCACUCUGUUGGGCUGCAGCAAGAAUCUCUCCUGGCUCCUUCUUUCUCUUCAUUCUCAUCCUUGACUCACCCUUUCACCCCUCUGCACCCAUAUCCUGCUACAGCUGGGACUAACUACUAGUCUACUCUGGGCCAGCUUUGGUUCUCUUCUUCACCCAGCUCUCUUGUUUUUAAAAGUCAAGUCUCCUGUUUACCCUCUCUCCACCUUCCUUUAUAUCUUUUUUCCCCCAUCAUCUGCAGGCUCAAGCCCACCCAGUUUCAGAUCCAGGGGUAAUUUCCCUUUCCAGUUCCUGUGACUCUCCCAUUCAGGAAUGUUGGCAGGUUAUGGUCUGUGUGCUUCUCCCUGGAGCCAGUCAAAUCCUGUCUUGGGGCUAAAACCUGCCCUUUCUGGCUCCUGGCUUUUUUCACUUCUUUUACUUUAGCACAGCUGGAUUUUUCACCUACUAUUAUCUAAAGGCCUCCUACUUCAGGUUUUUCAGAUGGCCUAGGGGCUUUAAGAGCAGAAAGGAUUGUUUAAGUCCCGUAAAGAUCUCCCUUGAGCUACCCUGACCAGCCCAGACUUGAGCAGGGAGAGACAGCUCCUUGCUACAGGUAUGGUGCAUUCAUACCACCUACAGAUAGAUGCAAAGGUGGUUCUCAAAGGCCCAUUGGCACUAUGGUGGUAGGAAUAUGCUGCAGGAGGUGACUUGUCAGGACUUGAAGAUACAGAUUGUGCUGAGACUUGUCAUCACUGUGGCAAUUCCUCUGGAAGUAGAUGAAUGAAGCAUAUCUGUUCUAAGGAAGAAAUCUGGAAAGGUAGAUGGGAUUUUAGGGCACAUCUUUGUGUGUGUUUAUUUCCCUCUCUUCCUCCCUCCUUGUCUGCUCUCUCAACAUCCUUGUUACUAACCAGGCAGCAUAAUCAUUGAUCCAUAGCUGAGAGCAAGGCUUAUUCCCAAGAUUUGGAUGCAGCCAGCCCAUAUUUGCUCUGCUUGCUGCUUGAGUGGUAAUGCUGUCGUGGGCCUGCGGUUCAGUGACAUACACGAAUCAACCUAGUCUACCAUGAGACUAAGGAGGGAGGAGAAUCAGAGAAGGGAGGAAGAGGACAUGUCUCAUUCACUCCUUUCCAGGUCAAAGUGCCUCCUUGUUGCUGCUGUGUUGUUUCUAUUGCUGCAGUUUGAUGCACUGAGAAAUUACAGAACAGUGAAAUAAAAGCUGUGUUUUGUGA